AUGUCUCAAACCUCGAGCAGUCGCCCACCAAGCGAGAAGCCGGACAUUGACGACUUGGCCGCAAGGCAAGAUGAGAAGCAAAUUGAAGAUGGCGAGAAGGGUGCAGGUAGCCCUGACGAGGGACCCCAAGAGCAUUCUAAAGGCUUCGCUUUGGCUAUGGUGAUUGUGGCUCUCGUUUUGAGUGUUUUUCUUGUUGCUCUUGAUAUGACCAUCAUUGCAACGGCCAUUCCUCGCAUCACCGAUCAGUUCCAUAGUUUUGAUCAGAUUGGCUGGUACGGCUCGGCCUUUUUCGUCACUCUGGCAGCUUUCCAAUCCGUCUGGGGAAAGGCUUACAGGUACUUCCCUCUCAAAAUGGGGUUCGUGGUUGCCAUCUCGAUCUUUGAGCUCGGGAGUCUACUUUGCGGCGUCGCGCCCAACAGCAACACACUCAUUGCUGGAAGAGCUAUAGCAGGCAUUGGUGCUGCUGGCCUUGCUUCAGGGUGCUACACGAUCAUUGCCCUCGCUGCGCCGCCUCGUCUGCGGCCCGCCUUUACAGGAAUCCUCGGAGCUACAUAUGGAUGUGCCAGCGUUGUCGGUCCUCUUAUCGGUGGAGCAUUCACUGAUCACGUUAGUUGGCGGUGGUGCUUCUACAUAAAUCUGCCUAUUGGCAUAUGCUCUGCGAUUGUCAUUUUCGUAUUCUUCAAGACCCCGGCGGCCGCGAAGCCCGUUGACGCCACUUGGAAGGAGAAAAUCUUGCAAAUGGACUUUCUCGGAACUGCAAUCAUCCUUGCCGGUAUGAUCUGCUAUCUUCUUGCCAUGGAGUGGGCUGGCGUCACCAAGUCGUGGAACUCCGGAAGUGUGAUCGCACUCCUGGUCGUCUUCGGGGUUUGCAUCAUUCUUUUCGUCUUGAACGAGUGGUGGCAGGGCGCGAGAGCCCAACUGGAGUUUAGUAAAUUGUCACAGAGAACAUUGGCUGGUGUCUGUGUCUAUACCGUCUUCCUUUCGGGUACCUUUUUCGUUCUUCUAUAUUACCUGCCUAUUUACUUCCAGGCUAUCCAUGGUGUAUCUGCAGAGGAAUCUGGCAUUCAAAAUCUUCCAAUGAUAAUAGCAGUCUCACUCUCAACUGUCAUUUCAGGUGGCCUCAUAUCGACCUUCGGCCACUACGGACCCAUCCUGCUUAUCGGGAGCGCUAUGGCUACGGUUGGCACUGGCUUGCUCUACACGCUUCAGGUCGAUUCACCCUCUUCUCACUGGAUCGGCUACCAAGUCCUAGCAGGGUUCGGAAUGGGACUGACAUUCCAAAUUCCAAUCAUCGUUGCUCAGUCCACCUGCGAGAUCAAUGAGGUCUCUCAUGUCACGGCCAUCACCCUCUUUUUCCAAAUGAUAGGUGGCGCAAUCUUCAUCUCCGCGGCACAAUCUAUCUUCGGGAACAAGCUUGUGCAGCGCCUCGUCGUGAACGUGCCAAAUAUCGAUCCGUCGAUUAUAGUAGGCGGCGGCGCAACGGGGUUCCGCAGCUCACUGCCCGCUUCGGCCACGCCGGGAAUUGUGCUCUCGUACAUGCAGAGCCUGCACAUCGUAUUCGCACUUUCCAUCGCCCUCGCCGGUAUGGCGACGCUGAUGAGCAUCAUUCCGAAAUUCGAGAAGAUCAAGAUCAGGAUGUGA